AGCCUGGUAUAUAAAUUACAGGUUUAAGAAGAUCGUAGUGCAGAAGGGUGCUGCAAUAUUCUUUUUGUGAUCUGAAAGGUGAAUUAUUUCUAUUGUAUAAAUGUAUAGGUCUAGGGCAGAAUUCGCCUUUGUUGCAGAGUAUGCAUGCAUUUUUGGAUCGAUCCUUUAACAUCUUGUGUGGGAAUUAUUAGCAGAAGAAUUACAAAUCCCAAAUGAAGCUGGUCAUCACCCUCUCCUUGUUACUGAUUAGUCUUGAAGUCCAAUGCCAUCGUCUCCCAGGACACAACGAUGACCAAGCUAGCCAAGGAGACAAGACAUUACUGGAACAUCCACAUCUUUCUUCAGAAGAACAGAGACAGGAUUCCUCCAGCUAUCUUAAGAUAGGUCCCAGUAAUUCUGACUUUGCAUUCAGAUUCUACAGGAACAUAGCUUCAGGCGCAGGUUCGAGGAACAUUUUCUUCUCCCCAAUCAGCAUCUCUGCAGCUUUUGCACUGCUGACCCUGGGUGCCAAGUCGGAAACCCAAAGUCAGAUUCACGAAGGACUCGCGUUUAACCUGUCAGUGACUGAGGAGAAUGAGAUACACAAAGGAUUCCGCCACCUCAUCCAUGCCCUUCACCGCCCGGAUAACAAAGCACAGGUGAAGAUGGGAAAUGCCUUGUUCAUUGAACAGUCGUUGAAGUUUCUGCCUAAGUUUUUGGAGGAUGUCAAAACCUUCUAUGAAGCAGAAGGCUUCCUCACCAACUUCACCAUUCCCAGAGUGGCUAAAAGGCAGAUAAAUGAUUACGUGCAGAACAAAACUCAGGGGAAAAUAGCCCAUGCACUCGAGGACCUUGAUCCGAGCACUAUACUGGUUCUUGUGAACUAUAUCUUCUUCAAAGCUUACUGGCAACACCCUUUUGACACUCACAUGAUCCGGGAAAAGGACUUCUUUGUGGAUGCAAACACUACGGUGAAAGCCAGCCUGAUGUAUCGAAAAGGCUACUACAAAUACCUCCAUGAUGAAGACUUGUCUUGCUGGGUGGUGGAGAUUCCAUACAAAGGAGAUGCCACGUCAUUCUUCAUUCUGCCUGACGAAGGAAAAAUGGAGCAUGUGGAAGGUGCAUUGGCAAAAGAAAGUCUGUCUAAAUGGAUAGCAUCUUUUAAAUCAGACAAUGUACGUCUUUUCAUCCCCAAAUUUUCCAUUUCUGCAUCCUAUGAUGUCAAAGACUUGUUGCAGAAGAUGGGUGUGCAAGACGUCUUUAAUGAUGUCGCUGAUCUGUCUGGAAUUACCGGAGAACGUGAGCUGAAGGUUUCCAAAGCUGUUCACAAGACUGUUCUGGAUGUUAACGAGAGUGGCACUGAGGCAGCGGCAGUCACCACGAUAGAGUUUAUGUUCCGUUCCGCUCCAUUUCAACCUGUACUUACUCUAAAUUUCAACAAACCCUUCCUGAUUAUUAUUUUAGAUAAGGCAACAUGUAGCAUUCUCUUCAUAGGGAAGAUCUUGAACCCUACUGUGCAAUGAAUAUUACAAGAGCCAGAGUCUUAAGAGUACAGCCUUUUUCGGAGAUUUAAAAAAAAACUGGAUUUCCCGCUUUGCAUUUUCUUAGCCUAGUCCUGGUGGUGCACAUAACCAGUUGUCUCUGGGAUGAAUAAGAAGAUGAGUGACUUCAAAGACAUUUUAUAAUAAAAAUGAUUUUAAAACAUU